UCCAUGCCCGAAGAACACAAAGCGGAAAUACGCAACUCACCACCGGAAGUUUGUGUGUUUAAGAUGGCGCAGGACGGUAUGGAGCAAAUGGACAUUGAGGACAGUAAAGGAGGCUCUGGCCUUCGACAGUAUUACCUAUCUAAAAUUGAAGAGCUUCAGUUGACUGUAAAUGAUAAGAGUCAAAAUCUCAGACGUCUGCAGGCUCAACGAAAUGAGUUAAACGCCAAGGUGCGCCUCCUGCGUGAGGAGCUGCAGUUAUUACAGGAGCAGGGCUCUUAUGUAGGAGAGGUUGUGAGAGCUAUGGACAAGAAGAAAGUUCUGGUCAAGGUGCAUCCUGAAGGAAAGUUUGUGGUGGAUGUUGAUAAGAACAUUGAUAUUAAUGAUGUUACUCCAAACUGUCGCGUAGCUCUUCGGAACGACAGCUAUACGCUUCACAAAAUCCUGCCAAACAAAGUGGACCCAUUGGUCUCCCUGAUGAUGGUGGAAAAAGUGCCAGAUUCAACAUACGAGAUGAUCGGAGGACUGGAUAAACAGAUCAAGGAGAUCAAGGAAGUGAUUGAACUUCCGGUCAAGCAUCCAGAACUGUUUGAAGCUCUUGGAAUUGCGCAGCCUAAGGGUGUGCUGCUCUAUGGACCUCCUGGCACAGGAAAGACCCUGUUGGCGAGAGCUGUAGCCCACCACACAGACUGCACCUUCAUCAGAGUGUCUGGGUCAGAGCUGGUGCAGAAGUUUAUUGGAGAAGGAGCUCGUAUGGUGCGUGAGCUCUUCGUCAUGGCCAGGGAGCACGCGCCCUCCAUCAUUUUCAUGGAUGAGAUCGACUCCAUCGGCUCGUCCCGUCUGGAAGGAGGAUCAGGAGGAGACAGUGAGGUGCAGAGGACCAUGCUGGAACUCCUCAAUCAGCUGGAUGGAUUCGAGGCCACCAAAAACAUCAAAGUUAUCAUGGCCACAAACCGUAUUGACAUUCUAGACUCUGCCCUCCUCCGACCAGGCCGCAUUGACAGGAAGAUCGAGUUCCCCCCUCCCAAUGAAGAGGCCCGCUUGGACAUUUUAAAGAUUCACUCGCGUAAAAUGAACCUGACACGAGGCAUUAACCUGCGUAAGAUUGCUGAAUUGAUGCCAGGAGCGUCUGGUGCAGAGGUCAAGGGUGUCUGCACAGAGGCGGGCAUGUACGCACUGAGAGAGAGAAGAGUCCAUGUAACCCAAGAAGAUUUUGAGAUGGCCGUAGCAAAGGUGAUGCAGAAAGACAGUGAGAAAAACAUGUCUAUCAAGAAACUCUGGAAAUAGAUGUUCGAAUCAGUGAUUUGCUUUUUUUUGUCUUGAAGUCGCUUUAUUGUCAUCAUCCUUAUGUAUUCAAAAUAAAUUCUUUCCCACUUGA